AUGUUGACGGUCGAAAAGUCAUGGGUCAACGUACAGGAAAAGACCUUCACCAAAUGGCUGAACAAUAAGCUGAAGGCACGCGACCUAGCCAUCGAGAAUCUGACCACUGAUCUCUCCGAUGGAGUGAGUGUCCCCACCCCCCGAACCACAAUCAACACCAUCCUAACAUACCCUCACAAGGUCAUACUCAUUCACCUGCUCGAGAUCCUGGGCGGGGAGUCGCUGGGCCGAUAUGCCUCCAAGCCAAAACUGCGCGUGCAGAAAUUCGAAAAUGUCAACAAGAGCCUCGACUUCAUCAAGUCGCGCAAGAUCCAAAUGACCAACAUCGGCGCCGAGGAUAUAGUCGAUGGCAAUCGGAAGAUCGUGCUGGGUCUGAUUUGGACGCUGAUUCUACGUUUUACUAUCAGCGACAUCAACGCUGAGGGCCUGACCGCCAAGGAAGGGUUGUUGCUCUGGUGCCAGAGGAAGACGGCAUGCUACGAAGAUGUCGAGGUGCGCGACUUCUCUUCCAGCUGGAAUGACGGAUUGGCUUUCUGUGCCUUGCUUGACAUCCACCGUCCGGACCUGAUCGACUAUGACACCCUGGACAAAAAAGACCACCGCGGUAACAUGCAGCUGGCGUUUGAUAUUGCAGCAAACGAGAUCGGUAUCCCGGACCUGCUGGAUGUGGACGAUGUAUGCGACGUGCCUCGGCCCGAUGAACGCUCGCUCAUGACAUAUAUUGCCUACUGGUUCCAUGCCUUUUCGCAGCUGGAGAAAGUGGAAAAUGCCGGGCGGCGGGUGGAGAAGUUUGUUAACAAUAUGCACGGAGCGUGGGAGAUGGAAAACUCGUACGAGCGCCGGGUGAGAGAGCUGCUGCGGGCGAUUGGCGCCCAGCGUGAGGGGUGGAAGAAUGCUUCUUUUGAAGGGACCUACAAGGAUGUCAAGGAGCAGGCCAACCAGUUCGCGCUGUACAAGCGGAAUGAGAAACGUCAGUGGGUUGCCGAGAAGUCAGACCUGGCCGCUUUGCUGGGCAAUAUCAAGACCAAGCUGGGGACCUAUCGACUGCGCCCUUACGAGCCGCCGCGCGAGCUGAGUCUGGAGAUCUGCGACCAGGAGUGGGAGCGUUUGACCCACGACGAGCAUAAACGCAGUCAGUUGAUCAACGAGACCAUCCGCGAUAUCAAGAACAACCUGCGCCGCUCCUUCGCUGAUAAGGCUAACGACUUUGCGCUCACACUGAAGACUCUGUCGCUAGCCAUUUCCGGGCUGGAUGGCGAUGUCGAAGACCAGCUAAAUCAUGUCCAGAAACUGAAUGACAAUUUGCCCCCUCUCGACGCGUUCCUCGACACGAUCGCAGACCUGGAUGAGCAAUGCGCAGAGGCGAAUAUCGAGGAGAACGAUUUCACCACCUACACGUUGGACGAGCUAUCAUACGAGCUGAGUCUCGUCAAGUCCAGCAUCUCCAAGAAGCUUGCCUUCCUAGAGAACCAAACGGUUGCUCGAAACAUGACCAAUCUGACUCCCAUCCAACUGGAAGAAUUCGAAUCAGUCUUCCGCCACUUUGACCGGGAUGCUUCCAACACCUUGCAAGAACUUGAGUUCUCUGCGGCGCUGGCCAGUCUGGGUUUGGUUUAUGAUGAAGAUGAGAUGCACGAAGUGUAUCUGGAGGUCUGUGGGUCAAGUCGGCUGGCACAGAAUGCAGGAGUCAGCUUCGAGCAGUUCAUUCGGUUUAUGGUCAGCGUGACCGAGGACCAAAACACGGCGGAGCAAGUCUUCCAGAGUUUCAAGGAAGUCGCUGAUGGCAAGGUACGGCCCUCUACCCUCAUAUUGUUCUUAAUAUAUGGAAUACUGACAUGGUUUCAGCCCUACGUGACUGAGCUUGAUCUGCGUCACUCGCUCAUCCCCGACGAAGUGAUUGAACACCUGGUAAAGACCAUGCCUCAGCAUGAAGGCCCUGAUCUUCUUGAAGAUCGGGACUUGGCCAAGUUUGACUACAUCAGUUUUAUGGAAAAGAUGAUAGAGCAGAACAAGAGGAACGGGAGUUAG